UCCGGAAAACUAUUAGCCAUAUUUGAAUGUAGACUUUGUAACAAAGUAUGGGUUUUCCGUGAUGUGACAGAGGCGGUGUGGGUGAAACUUGUAAACCAGGAAGAAUAUUGUUUCAGAAUUGAAGAGGUGGAAAACACGAGAGUUUCAGUGGACUUCAGAAGGAUCCACAGAGUUAAAAACUGCCAGGAUUACCUGUGGGUUAGAGUUUUCUUACAUAUUAUUCUUCAGGGAUAUUUCGGGAUGACUUCUGAGAUGGUGCCUGACCUCACAAGUGACUCCCUUUGGACGAUCAAGAGUGCUAGGUCCAUAGUUGUCGGAUUCUGGACUUAUCAUAUGUGGACAACGCUCUACAGACGUGUGUGUUCUGUUAUAGAAGGACUUUCAAAGUUUUGGACAGCUUUGCAGGUGUUUAAAUCAGCGAAGUAUGCUACUGCAAAAGAGCAAACACAUUUUUGUGGCGUUGUAGAAGCUAAACACAGCAAAUUGUUUUUCUUUUUGUAUCCAUUCUACAAAAAUGAGAAAACAAAUACUUCUGAGAACAGUGUUACCAAUGAAACAUACCUAUCAUUUCUAAGAGACUGUGUUUUUGAAUAUUUAUUCAGACCUUUCCUAAAAAAACUAAAAUUUAUGAACAGUUUUAUAGCAAUCCAAUCUAGAAGUAAAUAUGCUUUUAUCAAAUGUUCUGCAGAUUUCUCCAGUUCAGGUUUUAUAGACAGCUGCACUGUAGCGAGUAGCAGACUAUCACAGUCUGACUGCCUGGUUUCACAAAUCCAAACAGAUCCUCGAGAGCUUCCUGAAAACAGUGUUUGGAAUGGAGUUGGUGGAGAACUUUCUGAUGAGGUGCUGACAUGUUUAAACACAUUUGAUGAUGAAAGUGACAGUAUUAUUUCUGAUGAUUCUGUAGAAGGUCUCAGUGAGUGGAACACCGAAGAAGAUGAAGAACUGUGGAACUCUUUUCUUAAGUGCAGUGAUCCUUACAGGCUAUUCAACUUUCAGGGUUGUAUUUCAAAUGUCAGAACAAAUGAAAAUAAGUCUGCAUGCAUCAUUCCUAGUGUAAACAGUGGUAAAAACAGUAAAAUGUCAUCAGAAAAGGAUGUCAUAGUUACGAAAGCAGGAACAGAUGUGCAACCCUUUUGUAAAGGUUACACUUUUAGUAAAGAUGGAGAUGACUGGGAAGUUAAUUACCAUCAUAUCACUUUUAGAGGCAAGACCUACAUGAAGGACAAACCAGAAGACCUGGAUUCAUUUAUGCAAUGCAAGAAUUUUUACAGUCAUUUGGACAGUAGAAGUAAAGCUGGAAGUGCAAAGGCGUCAUUAGUACAUUUGGAAUAUUUAGAGAAUUGCUUUGGGAAUAUAGGGGAUUUUGAAGAAUGCAGUUCAUUUUGUAGAAUUAUUAAAAAUUGUGACAAUGUUACUAAUGAUCUGAGCUCAAGUGAUGACAGUUUUGAUGAUGAUGAUUUUGAGAGUGAAGAUUAUAGCAAGUUAUGGGAAUCACUUUUAACAUGUAAAGAUCCAUAUAAUCCUUUAAACUUUACAGCUUGUAUUAGAACUUACCCAUCCAUUACCAAAAGUGAUACGUUACUAAAGAAGAAAAUGGACACUGAACAGCUCUGUAUUAAGAAACUAAAGUGUGAAAAGAAGAGAAAGCCAACAUUACCAGAAUGGCCGUUUAAACACACGUGUGGUUCCACAGAUGGAAAUAUCGCAAAAGUCUGUGUUUGGAAAAAAACAGCCAAGUCAACUGUGAAUAGGGCUAUAAUGCAGCAUCAGCACACCACCUUGAAACAGGUCAGAUUCUCACCUGUUGUUCAUGUACAUACAAUGUGUGCAUGGUCUUAUGCAUUAAGAGCUGCUCGUAAAGGUCCAUGGGAAGAAAUGGCCAGAGACAGGGAAAGGUUUCAAUCUCGAAUAAAUGAAUCUGAAAAGAUCCUUGGCCACUACCUUAACAAGCGCUACAAUAAAAAAAUAUUGGCAAAGAUAUGUACUUGCUGAAAUGUAGGCUAAAUCUGGAGUAAUCUUCCUAAUUAUACAAACAUUUCUUUUAAAGGCAUCUUUGUUACUUUUCCCUGAGACUCAAAACUUGUAAUUCUUCCCCUUUAUUUGUAGAUUUUAUAAAGAUGUUCUAGCUUUAAACCCGUUUUUACCUACACAAUGGCUAUCUGUGAAAAGUUUAAAGCUGUAGAUCUGAGUCACAAGCUGAAGUAGAGUUUUUUCCAUCUUCAAGAAAAUUCUCUAUUUUUGCAUGGCUUUUUGUGUUGACUUGCUCUUGUGCAAACAGCACUUGAGUUUAGUAUUCCUUUUACUUUACUCACUCACUAUGUUGCUCAUUGUCUGUUUCUGCCUGUAUUCAUCUGUCUGGGCUCAGAAUUAUGAAGGCAAUUUUGCUGACGGUAA